ACAAUAUAAGUCUACAACAGCAACAACAACAGCAGCAACAUCAAUAUUAUCAACAACAUCGUUUUGCUACCAAUACUUACUUUCCCAGCAACACUAACACUACUGGCAGCAUACACGCAAUGGCUGCUAGUGGCACAGCUGCACCGAACAGCAGCACAGCUGCGCUCGGCACCUCGCCCACAUAUGAACCGCUCGGGGGUGGUCAACAUACGACUAUAGUGAAAGAAGGUUGGCUACAGAAGCGCGGCGAACAUAUAAAAACCUGGCGUUCACGUUAUUUCAUACUGCGCGACGAUGGCACAUUGAUGGGCUAUAAAAGCCCACCGGUUAAUAAUGCCACCGCGGAUCCAUUAAACAAAUUCACAGUACGAGGCUGUCAAAUUAUGACAGUCGAUAGACCUAAACCGUUCACCUUUAUUAUACGUGGUCUACAAUGGACGAAUGUGAUCGAGCGCACAUUUUGUGUGGAAAAGGAGAUCGAAAGGCAACAGUGGACCGAUGCUAUCAGAAACGUAGCGAGUCGCCUGAGUGAGUUGGGCGAGACGGCCAUGUCGCCUUCGACCUCAACAGAUAUGUCUGAUGUGGAUAUGGCGUCUAUUGCCGAAGUGGAACUGCGUAACAGUUUCUCUGUGCAGGGCACAACGAAGCGCAACAGCGGUGGCGUUAAGAAAGUCACCCUUGAAAAUUUCGAGUUCUUAAAAGUGCUUGGCAAGGGCACUUUUGGCAAAGUGAUUCUGUGUCGUGAAAAGGCCACCGCAAAACUGUAUGCAAUUAAAAUUCUCAAAAAGGAGGUUAUCAUACAAAGGGAUGAAAUCGCGCACACUAUCACAGAGAGCCGUGUGUUACAGACUACGAAUCAUCCCUUCCUAAUUUCACUUAAAUAUUCAUUUCAAACCAACGAUCGUCUGUGCUUUGUGAUGCAAUACGUCAACGGCGGUGAACUUUUCUUUCACUUGAGCCGUGAACGUCUUUUCACCGAGGAUCGUACGCGAUUCUAUGGUGCCGAGAUAAUUUCCGCUUUGGGUUAUUUACAUUCUCAAGGCAUUAUAUAUCGUGAUUUAAAAUUAGAGAAUCUGUUGUUGGACAAAGAUGGCCACAUUAAGAUUGCCGACUUUGGGCUGUGUAAAGAGGAUAUCACCUAUGGCCGUACUACGAAGACGUUCUGCGGUACGCCCGAAUAUCUGGCGCCUGAAGUAUUAGAGGACAACGAUUACGGGCAUGCAGUCGAUUGGUGGGGUACUGGUGUCGUCAUGUAUGAGAUGAUAUGUGGACGUCUUCCUUUCUUUAAUCAAGAUCAUGAUGUGCUAUUCGCACUUAUCUUAAUGGAGGAAGUGAGAUUCCCCCGCACAAUAACUGAUGAGGCUCGUAGUUUACUUGCCGGCCUAUUGGCUAAGGAUCCACUCCAUCGUCUUGGUGGUGGGCAAGAUGAUGUCAAAGAGAUACAAGCGCAUCCCUUCUUUGCGAGUAUUAAUUGGACGGAUUUAGUGAAUAAAAGGAUAACACCGCCUUUUAAACCACAAGUAGUAUCUGAUACAGAUACACGUUAUUUCGAUACAGAGUUUACAGGAGAAAGUGUAGAAUUGACGCCGCCAGAUCCUGCUGGUACAUUGGGUUCGAUAGCAGAAGAGCCACUUUUCGCGCAGUUCAGCUAUCAGGAUAUGGCAUCCACAUUAGGUAAUUCAUCGCACAUCAGCAGCUCGGCUGGCCUUGCAUCGAUGCAAUAGAAUCGAAUAAAAUGUGAAUGAUGUUGCGAUCGGCAACAACGUCAACAAUAUAAUAUUGAUCGUCCUUAUGAUCAUUACUGCCAUCAUCGUCAUCAGCACCAUCGUCAUCGUUAUUGUGAGAAACAACAAAAACUACACCAACAACAAAUGAAAUACCAGCAACAACAGAAAAAACAAAUAAAGAAGCAGCAGCAGCAGCAGUCAAAAUUUCAAUCGAAACUACAUAAAUAUCCUACAACGCCGCAGCUGUUGCUGCAAUCACAGUCACAGUCACAGUCACCGCCACAGCGUACACGCCUGCAUGCUGCUAUACUAUCGCAAUGCAUUAGCAACUAUAUUUUUGGUGUUAGUCAAGUUAGUAAGGUUUUCUAAACUACAGCAUCUGUAUGUUUUCUGGCUUCUGCCGUCGCUCUAGGUGCCCCUAUUACUGCUAAUCCUGCUGCUGGUCCUUUUGCCCCGUUGUGAGUGCAAACACUUUGGCGGAUGGAGCGACUUAAAAGAGCUGAAUGAGCAACAGUUUCUUGCAUGCAUACGCAUCGACACAUACCAUUCCGCCCGGACGACGAUUUUGUCUGCACCGUGAACGGUUGCGGCGGUGGCUGCAGCGACGCAGAAAAGCUUACCCAGAGUUCUUACUUACUGCGGCAGGAACAACUACACAAAACUAGCAAAGUAGCAGAAUAGCAAUGGCAGUAGUGGACGUAAUGGCGCGUACAGCCGUAUCAGCAACUACAACAACAAAAAACAGCAUAAAUAAAUAUUAAUAAUAAUAAUAAUAAUAAUAAUAAUACAGAAUAAUAAUAAAAGUUAAAAGUAAACGUAAUAAUUAAAGUAAAUAAAAAUUUAAACCGCUAAAUUACAUAUACAUACAUACGUACAUAUAUAUAUAUAUAAAUAAAUAAAUACAUACAUAUAGUGAACAGCAACAAUUACUGCUACAACUACCAAUAUUAGUACAUACUGCAACUACAACAACUACUAUUAAAUAAAAAAUAAUAAAAAGGCAACAAAUAAACAAGCGUAAUUUAUUUUUUACACUACGGUUACAAUUGCAACUACAUAUAAAUAUAAAUAUUAAAAACAAAAGCAAAAACAGAGUAAACAGAAGCAACAAAAACAUUACGGAAAAUAAUAAAUACUACAAUUUAUUAUUAUUAUAUAUAUAUAAAUAAAAAAUAACUGCGAAAUGGUUAAAGUUAGUUAUAAAUAAAUUACUAUAUUUAAUAAACAAAGAAAGGAAAUAAAACUAGUUAAUUUAAUAUCUCUUUUUCCUGCCUCAUUGCUAUUAUUUCUGUUUCUUAAAAUAAUGAUGCAACUAAUGUACAACAGAAACAAACAAAAACAAGAAGUCUUUAAACUACAUGCGCGCACUUUAUUUUUCUUUUUUAUUUUGUCGAAACCUGCUCGUAAAUAAAUGUGUUUAAAUUUUGUUUCGUUUAACGGUUUUGUGCUGUGCGCUAAAUACAUAAUUGACGAUUUACAAUUUUUUUUUGUGUUUUCUACACGUUUUACAUGUUCCGUUAUACUAUAUAAGACUUUCGUGAGUUCACACAAAAUACAGUUAUAAGCAGUUCUGAAUGAAGUGUGCAGUCGAGGGAAGUAGAAAAUCAACCGAUGCUAAUAAAAUAUAUCAAAAUUUAUUAUGAAACAUUGCAACCUACACAAAAUAAAAAAAAAAACUAUAAAAACGACAGUAAGGAAAAUUUACAGAAAUAAAAAACUUUAGCAAAAAUAAUGUACAAACAGCGAAAAUGUAUAAUUUAACUAAUAACAUACUACAUACCACAUACAUACAUACAUAAAUAUCAAAAGUAAAAUUAAUAGGUUAUAAAUUGUGUAUUUUGUUUGAAAAGAAAAAAAAUGCAAUAAAAAGAGAAAAAAACUUGAAAACAAGCGUAAAUGUUUAAGCGUACACUAUUGUAAAUGUCUGUUAGUUAUUUGUUGUUGUUUUAUGUUUCUUUUCUCCUUUACUUAGAUUUCCGAUCUUAUCUGGUGAUUGAAAACUCGGUUGUAACUCGAUUCGAAAUUUCAACUUGAGAUUACAGAAGAUAAUUUUAUAAGUCGAAAGUAUUAAAGCAAAUAAAAUGAUCGUUCUUACAUUUGUCUUACAAUAGUGUCGUGUUUAGGUAAAUAUGUCAGCAAUACUUUUACGAAUUUGACGAGUUAUUUGGCAGCACAUUUAAUUUUGACAAUAUUUUAAACAUGCCACUUACACACAAAAAAAGUUUUCUUUCGAACACAUAAAUAUUCAAGUCAAUACUCCUUUAAAUUGUUUGAAAGCUGCGUCCAAAGUUCAAGUUCAAAGAAUUUAGAUCAGUGGCAUCUCCGAUUAACCAAAUCAUCGAAUAACCAAUCGAAUGUAGUUUGUUUUUAUGUUUACAUUUUUACUUCAAAUAUUUUUCAGCAUUGAAAUUACUGAUUUUUUUCAGAAUAAUUUUCCAGUUAUUCUAACCUCUUCUAUUUAAAUUAAUCGCUCCAACGCAGUGGUGACGAAUUGCGCUUCGAAUUCUAUUUUCAGCAUAAAUCUCGGCAUAAAGAUCGGCUCAAAAUCGUUCGAAUAUGCAAAGUCUCACAUAAAAAACUGUAUGUUUUUGUAAUGUUUUCUUUUAUAAUUUAGAUGUAAAUAGUAAUGCCUUUUAAUGAUUCUAAAUUUGAGUUUAAUAACUGAAAAAAUAGCAGAAUAUGCACUGUGGAUUGCAUGUUUAUAAUCACAACACCAUUAGAUAUGUGGGUUUAAAAUUAGCAUUGUAGUAAAGCUAUGAAUAUAUUAUAUUAAGAGAGUUUUUUUGCAUAUUUGGAAAUGUUUUGAAAACGGAACGAAAGAAAUUGUACGCAAUUGGAAUUUAGUCAGAAAUUUGUUGCGAAAAAAAGUUCAAUAACUUCUUUAAUAAUUGAGUAAUUCAUUACUGGCUUUGCACUAAUGCAUUUGGAUU